AUGGCGUCCCAACACAUCCUAGCCACGCCGCCCUCCCAAGACGCCAUCCUCAACUCCCUCCUCGAAGGCAUCCGCGCCUAUAACGCGCGCAUACCACGCCUCUACGUCGGCACGGACUCGUUCGAUCUCGACGCUGAAAUGCCCCUGCUUCUCAACCUACCUAGCGCGCCCCUCGCGUGCAGGGAGCCGGUCGCCGAGUUCAAGGCCGUCAACGCCCACUUUUCAGCCCAAGUGCAUGCCUUUUUCAAUGCAGUGCACAUCCUCGAGGACAUGGCAGACAAACAGUCCUCUGACGAGCUGGACCUUAUUCGCCGAGACGAAAACCUUCAGCCUGUCGUCAUCCGCAUCGUCGAUCAGUCUUUCGACAUCUACCUAGACUGCUGGCACCGUACCUUCCACACCCGCCGCCUCACCGUUAAGAAUCCGGAUAGCCUACCUCUAUUAAACCGCGGCACCCAACUACGCGUUGUCCCCUACCAAGCUUACUCCUCGGAUAUGGCCAACAUGCGGCCUGUCUCCUUGAGAACGCUCCUCGAACUCGCCACCCGCCUCCCUCACCUUCGCGAGCUGAACUGCCCCUGUCUAUAG